CAACCAAACGUCCAAACCCACACACAAACUCCAAACCCAUUACUCUCCUCACGACAUUCUCGCGCGCUCCUGUAAAAAAGAUUGGUGGUUGCGAGCGGCGUCACGCGGUAAAGCGAACCAAAUUACGUACCGAUCGAUCGACCGGCCGGGCGGCGGGAUGGCUGCGGGGAGCGCGAGGUCGGCGGCCGCGAAGCACGCGUACCGGAUGUUCGCGCCGUCCAGGGGCGCGGCGGCCAGGUGCCCCGGCAGCCCGGGGGCGGACGAGUUCGACGAGUCGGACGUCUGGGGCUCGUUCACCGUGGACUCCAGCCCCGCCGAGCUGGGUGCCAGGGGCCGCCCGAUCCCGUCCGCUCGUGCCGGCCGGAAGGCGACGUUGGACCGGUCCGCCGGCGCCGCGGCCGGCUCGCUGCCGGUGAACAUACCGGACUGGCAGAAGAUUCUUGGGGUAGAGUACAGGGAUCACCAGGCCGCUGCCGAGUGGGAGCUCCACGGCGACGGCGACGAUGACUACGAGUACGGCAAGGUAGCCGGCGUCGGCGGGGUGGUGAUACCGCCGCACGAGCUGGCGUGGCGCGGUCGCGCGGCGUCGCUGUCGGUGCACGAGGGGAUCGGGAGGACGCUCAAGGGGCGCGACCUCAGCCGUGUCCGGGACGCGGUCUGGAAGAAGACCGGCUUCGAGGACUGACCGGCCGGCGAGCUAGCUGAUCACUUCCCGGCGGUUGGCCUCGCGUGCAGACGUGCAGUAGGAUAAAAAUGAGUACUACUCCUUAGUACUAAUUACCUUAUUAUUCUCUUUCGUUCUUCUUUUACCCUUGCGCCAUGGACAAGAAAUUGGGUAAUAGAAAGCUACUAGAUGCAACUAUGCAAGAGAGAACAGGAAGAGUGGGUGGUUUGUUCAUUCAAGGUGUGACAAUUUUGAGGGCACCUGGAGAUGGUUGGAGUUGGUUGAUCAGCUGAUCGAUCCUAUUUUUUCUUUUCUUUUUCUGUCUUUCGAGUAUGGGAGUUUCCACACUACUGCGCAGUGCCGCAGUGUAUGUAUGACCACUGUUGUAUGCAAAACUGUGCAUGCCGUUUUGUGCGAAAUUGCAGAAAGGAAGAAGAAAUUCAGAAGGAAUCUUGUGUUGGCAUGCAUGCAUACUGCCACUCUCCACCACUUAUACUAGUUAGUAGUUUUUUUUUUAAUAAAUACGGGCAAAGAAAAUAUCUUUCAUACUCCCAAACCACACAUUUCCUGUAAAUUU